UAAAAACAGUAAUUCUACUAAAGUCAUCUCACAGUUGAAAGGCAAAAAAGGGAAUGGAAAUUUGGGGUACAUAUCCUCAUCAAAGAUACAGCUACUUCUCCAUUAUCAACAUAUGAUUAACCUGCCGCCACCAAAAUAAACGCCAUAGAUAUUUUCUUUCUCCCCAUCUAUUUUAGAAUUUCGAGGACCUUUACACCUUCAGUCUUACAAGUUGAAUUCAAAUAGACUGGUCAGUCAACAGCAAGUAUAAUACACUGAAUAAGGCUUCUGAUAGCAACAUGCAGAAAUACCAGACUAGUAGAGAAGACUGAAGGUCCAAGUCCUACAUCUGCAAUAAGACCUUAGCUCAUGCAUUCCCCAGCUAGCUUGGCAGUUUCAUCCAGAGCCAUGGGAGGAAAGAUGCAUGGACUGUGCACAGCGUUUGCCCUCUGGUGCCUCGUGAUCAACAGCAGGGAGAUAUCUGCCUGCAUCGCCACUGAGAGGGAUGCGCUAAUUGCCUUUAACGCGACCAUCGGUGAUCCUGACGGGAGGUUAAACUCAUGGCAAGGAGAGGACUGCUGCAACUGGAGCGGUGUGAGCUGCAGUAAGAAGACUAGCCAUGUCGUCAAGCUGGACCUUGGUGAGUACUCUCUCAAAGGCGAGAUCAAUCCAUCUUUGGCCGGUUUAACCAGAUUGGUGCACCUCAACAUGAGCUACGGUGACUUUAGUGGGGCGCCAAUUCCAGAAUUCAUAUGCUCUUUCAAGAUGUUGAGGUAUCUUGAUCUGUCGCAUGCCGGUUUUGGUGGGACGGCUCCUCAGCAACUUGGUAAUUUGUCCAGGCUCAGCUAUCUUGACCUGGGCUCAUUCGGAGGUCCCGCAAUCACUGUUGAUAACUUCCAUUGGGUUUCAAAGCUAACGUCUCUGAGGUAUCUCGACCUCAGUUGGUUGUAUCUUGCUGCUUCCACCAAUUGGCUGCAGGCAGUGAACAUGCUUCCGUUGCUCGAAGUGCUUCACUUGAACGAUGCUAGUCUUCCUGCCACCAACCUAAAUUCUCUUUCUCAUGUCAACUUCACUGGCCUUAAGCUACUUUAUCUCAGGAGCAAUAACUUGGAUUCAUCCUUGCCAAAUUGGAUUUGGAAGCUAUCUGCUCUUUCAGAGAUGGACAUGACUAGCUGUGGGCUUUCAGGUAUGAUUCCUGAUGAGCUAGGAAAACUGGCAUCACUUAGGCUCCUAAGACUAGGGGACAACAAUUUGAAGGGACCAAUACCAAGAUCUUCUAGUAAAUUGUGCAACUUGAUUCAAAUCGAUUUUUCUGGAAAUGUUUUGUCAGGAGAUAUUGCAAAAGCAGCAAAGAGCAUGUUUCCCUGUAUGAAGCGGUUGCAGAUCCUUGACCUUGCUGGUAACAACUUCACUGGGAAUCUAUCUGGCUGGCUUGAGGGCAUGGCAAGUUUAAGAGUUCUCGAUCUCAGCGGGAACUCACUAUCUGGAGUUGUGCCCGCCAGUAUCGGUAGCCUAUCGAGCUUGACAUACUUGGACGUUUCCUUUAAUACAUUUAGUGGGAAAUUAUCAGAACUACACUUGGUAAAUUUAUCAAGAUUGGAUACUUUAAAUUUAGCAUCAAAUUCUUUGACGAUUGCAUUCAAACAAAGCUGGGUGCCACCCUUUCAGCUCACCAAUCUACUGCUGCAUGAUUGCCUUGUAGGGCCACGAUUUCCAACUUGGCUGCAAUCACAAACUAGAAUCAAGAUGAUUGAUCUAGGCGGUACAGGAAUCAGGGGUGAAUUACCUGGCUGGGUCUGGAACUUCUCUUCUUCAGUCACUAGCUUGAAUGUCUCUAUGAACAGCAUAACUGGAAAGUUGCCUGCAAGUUUGGGCCAAUCAAAAAUGCUGAUAACUCUGUACAUGGAGUACAAUGAAUUUGAGGGAAGCAUUCCUGAUUUGCCAACUGGUAUUCAGGUGUUGGACCUGUCCAAAAACUACUUCUCUGGAUCAUUGCCACAGAGCUUUGGAGAAAAACAAGAACUGUAUUACCUGUUGCUCUCAGGGGAGCUUCCAAACUGUUGGCACCAGAAGGCAAACCCUUAUGUCAUAGACUUCUCAAGCAAUAGUUUCUGGGGAGAAAUACCAUCCACCGUGGGUUAUCUAAAUUCCCUUAUGACCUUGGAUCUGAGCAACAACAACUUGUCUGGAAUAUUGCCCACCUCAUUGCAGUCAUGUAACAGAUUGAUGUUUCUUGGUUUUCGAGGGAAUAAUUUGUCAGGAAACAUUCCAAAAUGGAUAGGUGACAGCCUACGGACUCUGGAAGCUCUGAUUUUAGGUUCCAAUAAGUUUUCUGGUGAAAUACCCGAAUCAUUGUCCCAACUUCAAGCUCUGCAGAUUUUGGAUCUUGGUAACAACAAAUUAUUGGGCCCUGUGCCAGUUUUCCUGGGAAAUUUUACUGCUUUGCGCUCUAGGGGUUCAAAUUGGUGGCUAACAGCAUACAAAGCUUUCAGCAAAGUGAGAUACUUGACUUAUAUUGAUCUAUCGCAAAACCAGUUGACUGGUGAAAUUCCCAUUGAAGUAGGAUAUCUAUCUGCAUUACUGGCCUUGAACCUUUCAAGAAAUUACAUUGGAGGAAAUAUUCCUGAUACAGUGGGAAACAUUACGGAUUUAGAGGCACUUGAUCUAUCAUGGAAUAAUCUAUCAGGUCCGGUUCCUCACCAUUUGAUGUCCCUACAGGCUACAGUCUUUGAGCGUUCUAAAUCUGUCCUACAAUGAUCUCUCAGGAAUGAUACCAUCAGGAAAUCAACUUGACACUUCAGAUGAAUCCGCAUUCUUGGGCAAUGCGAACCUUUGUGGGCAUCCACUUUCCAGAAUCUGUGUACCGGAGAGUAACAGGCAUCGACACCGCAAACA